CCGGCAGGCCCCGGCGGGGCCGUGCCCAGUGACAGGGCCGAUGACGGCGGGCUGCCCGGGUGCGCGUGGGCGACUCAGAAAAUGGAAGCAGGCGGCGCCCCAGGCAGCAGCGCGGAGCGGCAGCCAGUCGCCGACCAGGACGGCCGCGAGCAGCAGGUGACCCAGGACCCCGUCCACGACGCCGUGCAGGAGGACAUCGAGGCACAGGUCUGCCCGCCCGACCUGCCUGACGACGACGACGAGGACGCCGACGACGACGACCAACAAACCGAGGGCCCUGUCAAGGACAACCACAUCCCCACAGAGGACGAGCCGGAUCAGGCGGACCCCGACAAGGACCAGGAGCAAACGGAGCAGGCGGCUGCGACUGUCGCCGACCCGGACCAGCAGGUCUCAAACGACAAGACCCCGCCGCCGCAGCCCCGCGUCCAAGACAGCGCGCCGGCCAAGAGCAGGCUGCCCGUCACCGCGAAGCGGCCCACCGCCCCACCGACCAAGCCGACCUCGAAGCCCCCCAUGCGCAGGGCGCCGCCAGCGCCGCCGCACCAACCGUCCAGGAAGUCAGCCAUGAUGCGGAUCAACCAGCAGCCGUCGCACCACCAGGACUCGUUUGGCGACGGCAUCAGGACGGGGCCCUCGGACAUCGACUCGGACUCGGAGGUCUCGGACGCCGAGCACUUCCUGGCCAAGGGGGCCUUCCUGCUCACGCCCAGCCACGAGCUGAGUCUGGAGAAGGCGUCCGCCAUCUGCGAGAGGAUGAACUUCAACGCGCCCUUCUCGCUCACCAAGACCGCCACGGGGAUCCUGUUCAAGUUCGCGCGCCCCGAGGACUUCAUGGCCACCUUCAAGAAGGGCUUCCAUAAAGUGACCGGGGCGCGCUUCUACAAGAAAAUCCCGAUCCCCUGCCGGCCGCAGAAGACGUUCACGGUGUUCGUGCUGGAAGUGCCGGAGGAAGUGCCCGAGGAGGACAUUCGCCACGCCCUCUACAAAUUCCAUUCGGUCGUGGAAGUGGUCCGCCUGGUGGGCACGGGAGGGCCGCAGCAGCUCACACUGCAAAAGGACUCAAGUGGCGGCGGCGGCGCUGCCGCGUCCUCCAAGGCGGUGGAGAAGGCCGUCGGCUCGACGGUGAGCGGGUCCACGGUGGAGCUGGGCUCGGCCGGGCCGCCGCCGCUCAUCCGCGUCACCCUGGCCAACCUCGACGAGUACAACAUCCUGCUGCAGAACGGGCUCGACUUCUACGGCGCCACCUUCUUCCCCACCGAGGCCGCCUCGCCCAGCGGGCUGGUGCGUCUGCCCGGCGCCGCGGCUCGCAAGCAGCAGGGCAACAGAAUUCUCGAUGUGGUUACAGCUUCGGGACAGCGUGUUCGUGACCUCCUGCCACUGCUGAAAAUGCACUCUGAAGUUUUAGAGUGCAAAAUGUCUGAGUGCAGUUACACACACAAAUUUCGCGGAUCCGAGAGUGCGAAUUGCUGAGUACUUCUGCACUCAGAACACCUCUGAGAGUGACUUAAUCAGAGUGAGUGCAACUUCAAACAAUUUACUUCCUACUAUAUGUGGUUAAGGAACGACAGGGAACAAUGUUCUGGGGGUCAGAAACGAGGCGGAGCCGAAUUUGUGGUCCGUUUCGUCGUAUCUCAACUUUUGAAAUUUCGUGACGAAAAAUUGUGGUCCAAAAGGUAAGGCAAGGGAAUCCCAGUACUAAUUUUGAACGUAGAUUCCGAAUAUGAACUUAGUUUUCUCGUAUUACACUUAGUUGUAUACGAACUCGAAACCAGUUUUUGCGACACUCUGGAGACGUCACUUAGGAAAGGGCACUCUCAACUUUCACACUCUAGCGGACCGAAGAUUUCAGAGUUCACAUACGCACUCUAAAAAUUUGUGAGUGCAAACCUGUGCACUCACAAAUUUUUGGAGUGUCAUGGUCAGAGUGCAAGAGCCACUCAGAAAUUCUCUGAGUGGCACUCUUAACUCUCCCCUACACUCACAAUUGUACAGAGCACUCAGAAUAUUGAGAGUGUCACUUAGAAUUUUCAGAGUGUCACUCUCAAAAUUCUGAGUGCAUUUUCAGCAGUGGCCCGUAUUUGACUCGGCCGGCUUUUCCAAGAUCCCACCGCCAGUCAUGAAGACCAUCAAGCCCCUGAAGCACUGAGCGGUUGGAUGAUCCCACGCCCCGAGCCCGAGCCGCCCCGCCCAGCCACCAUGACUUGCAGCGCCACUGGGCCACGAACAUCGGCCAGUUCCUACUUUUAACAUGAUAGUAUACCUAAUUUUUUAAUAUUCCACUGGUCAAACAACGGUGGAUAAUAGCACUUCUGUAUGGGUGCUAAAAGAUUUUAACUUUAAACUGUGUGUAAAGUUACCAAAAUACCCUGUUGGUGGUGCUAAAUUUUGGUGCCUUUGGCAGCUUUAACCCAUAAAAAUAAUCAUCUAGCGCUUUUAUUCUAGCACACUCUAAAUCUGGAGGAACUGUUGUUGUCCAUAGAAAGUUCACAUCGCAUCGAGAUGCAAACAACGUGCCCUAGCAAGCACAAAACAAAUUCCAUAAGAACGAGCAGAUUAAUAAUGUAGCAAAUUCAUUUGGUACACCUUGCAACUUGUUAUUAUUAUGCCUACGUUCAAUUCUGCAUAUGAAGUUAAGAUGUGCACAAAACGCAUCGUUCUAAAAACAGGACCUCUUAGAUUUAGAUUGCAUUGAUAGGGUAUUUCCACAUCUCCUCGUAAAUGAUCAUUAAUGUCCGCACCGGUGAAAAUUUACGCGCAUCAAUUUAUUCACUCAAAAAACCAAAACAACCACGCUCGUUUUUAAAAUAAAAUUUCAAAAAUUUCAAAUAAAAGUACCCCUGUCACUCCUUUGCUUUACACCGCAUUUUUAUACGAUUGUUGAAAUAAAUUUAAGCGUAGUUAAGGAGAAA